UUGAAUUCCUCACGUUUGCUGUUGGACUGAAAUGGGGAGACAUUCCACUUUAUCGACUCUUCUCAACCAUUUAGUAAUUUUGUAGGCAAAACUGGUAAGGAAGAUCAAGAAAGAGGCUUCUUCAGGACCGUUUGGGCACUAACACUCAAAGAGUGGAGGGACCUGAUAGAACCUGCAAGAUGAACAACGAAUACAAGAACAGCUUGGCCAACAUGGAAGAAAUCCCUUUGGAGGAUACAGACAGAACCAGCGUAGAAUUCAGAGUUCUGAUGGUCUAUGCACAGCGGCGACUGUCUGUGAGCAAAUAUGGGCAAUUAUUAGAAAGAGAACCCAGAGUCCAGGAAGAAAGGAAAGAGGCUGUACAAAUUGAUACUCUAGCCAAGGAAGAAGAAGUGACUCUCCCAGAAAUUUCUCCAGAAGAUCAUAAACCACCAAAGCAGAAGGACCAGAAGAAGGCGAAGAAGAAGAAGAAAGCAAAGACAAAGACAAGAACCAACUGGAAAUGCUUUUGUAUUCCUUCUUGCCUAAGGCCGCAAGGAAGAGAUGGCAGGAACCUUCGAGUAUCCCUAAAGCAGGACUCCAUCAAUGGCCAUGCCAUGAAGCUGACCACCAGAGUGGAGGGUUCACCAAAUGACUCAGACAUCUCUCGUUUGGCAGAGAAACUCGUUGAAAUAGUGGAUCAUUCCAGAUUUCCCAAUGGGAAGAAGAGCAUCCCGCUAGUGGAACGUUCAUUGACUCUAGAAGAAGAUGGUGGCUCAACCAGCAAGCCAAUCCCACCAAUUGGGAUUGAUGGACUUGACAACGAAGAAAAGGUUGUUGAUGCAAUAGUUGCCUUGUUACGGAAGUCAGGAGAUGAGCUGGAGGAAAAGAUGAAGAAGGAUAAGACCUUCUGUCAGAGUAUCUGGGAUAUGAUGACCUCCUAUGCCUUCUUCAGGAGAGUGACAGACCAGUUCCUUGAGGAGAUACUCAUAGACUCCACAAUCGUUUCGGAGGAUGAAGUUAAGAGCAUGAAAGUUGCAUUGAUUAUGGAAGCCACAACCAAACUCACUGCAGUGGACAACCAUCCCAUGAAUCUUGUGCUGGGCUUUGGAACAAAAUACCUGCAGGAAAACUUCAGCCCUUGGAUCCAAAGCCAAGGUGGAUGGCUGAAAGCCUUAGGAUUACCAGACCAGGAAGAAGUUGAAUGAGGAAAGGAGAUCAUCUUCAAGAGUGUUGGUUAAUGUGGAGAAAAGUGAUUGGGAUGUGAGAGGAAAAACUUAAGUCACUCUCAUGAUUGCCUCCAAGACGUGGGAUCUUUUGGAACACCAACAACUGCAGCACUAGACGUCAUGGGACAAGGACAGAGUCUGCAAUAUCUGUUUUAGUCCUGCUCAACCUGAGCAAGAGAUGGAAAGAGCCGUGAGCCCUAAUUAUCGGAGGGACCCGAAGUCUUCCAGUGGCUUGAAGCUACUUAUUUUGCAAUAUUUGGCUUCUGGGUCUAAAAUAAGCAUGCAACCCAUCCUUGCUUCUUCAGUCUGGAUGAGAGCUUUAGGGCAAGAAGGAUGGCUGCCUUGAGCCAGGGAUGUGAAGACAAAACAUUGGCCUGCUGUGAUCUCCUUUUCCUGGAGGGGUGGAGGGGUCUGAAGGGUGGGGUUGCAAAAGGACAAGAUGGCUGCUGCUAACUUGAUUUUCUGUGAGCUCCCCUCCCUCCCUUUUCCCCUGGGGGCGUUGUCAGUGUUGCUCACAAACAGCUGCUUGCUUUCCAGCUCUUUGGCAUCCCAGUCUCGAGAUGCUUGCCUUUUUAAUUGAAUAGAUUUCUCACCCCCUUUUCUUGGAAGGUUUGGCACAAGUGUAAAUAGAAAAUUGCACAAUGGCUUUGGCCAAAGAAGGUGUACUAGGGAUGAUAGACUUGAAUCUGGAUCUGAAAGUGAUUAAAAUCCUAAAAGGCAAAAUUAGCUUAAGUCACAAAAUUGAUUUAGAUGUACAUAAUUAAGAGAACAAUAAAACAAGUGAU